AUGACGACCCGAAAACCGAGCGCCCACUCGGCAGCGACUCCCGGCUACGAGGAUGUGACACACGAGCACCACACCGGCUGGGGAAGGAUGGGAAAGGCUGGGCUGGCGGAGAUGGGACAGAGUCAGGCUGGAGGGGAAUCUGGAUCUGGGCAGCUCCUGGACCAAGAGAAUGGAGCAGGGGAAUCAGCGCUGGUCUCCGUCUAUGUACAUCUGGACUUUUCAGAUAAGACCUGGCCCCAUGAAGUCUCCAGGACCCUGACUCUCCCUGCUGCCUCAGCUUCCUCUUCCCCAAGGCCUCUUCUCACUGGCCUCAGACUCACAACAGAGUGUAAUGUCAACCACGAGGAGAAUUUCUAUUGUGCUUGCCUUUCUGGCUACCAGUGGAACACCAGCAUCUGCCUCCAUUACCCUCCUUGUCAAAGCCCCCACAACCACCAGCCUUGUGGCUGCCUUGUCUUCAGCCAUCCUGAACCCGGGUACUGCCAGUUGCUGCCACCUGUCCCCGGGACCCUCAGCCUGAACUCCCAGCUGCAGAUGCCUGGUGACACACUGAGCCUGACUCUGCUGCUGAGCCAGGAGGCCACCGACCUGAGCUGGUUCCUGAGGCACCCAGGGAGCCCCAGUCCCAUCCUCCUGCAGCCAGGGACACAGGUGUCUGUGACUUCCAGCCACGGCCAGGCUGCCCUCAGUGUCUCCAACAUGUCACAUCACUGGGCAGGUGAGUACAUGAGCUGCUUUGAGGCCCAGGGCUUCAAGUGGAGCCUGCACGAGGUGGUGAGGGUGCCCUUGAAGGCGACAGAUGUGGCUCAACUUCCAGACCAGCUGUCCAUCUCCUGUGCCACCUCCCCUGGCUUCCAGCUGAGCUGCUGCAUCCCCAGCACAAACCUGGCCUACACAGCGACCUGGAGCCCUGGAGAGGGCAGCAAAGCCUCCUCCUUCAACGAGUCAGGCUCUCAGUGCUUUGUGUUGGCUGUUCAGCGCUGCCCAAUGACUGACACCAUGUACACUUGUGACCUGCAGAGCCCUGGCCUGGCUCCACUCAGGAUCCCCAUCUCCAUCACCAUCAUCCAGGAUGGGGACAUCACCUGCCCUGAGGACACCUUGGUGCUUACCUGGAAUGUCACCAAGGCUGGCCACAUGGCACAGGCCCCAUGUCCUGAGAGCAAGAGGGGCAUAGUGAGGAGGUUUUGUGCAGCUGACGGAGUCUGGGGGCCUGUCCACAGCAGCUGCAUAGAUGCGAGGCUCCUGGCCUUGUUCAUUAGAGCCAAGCUGCUGCAGGCAGGCCAGGGCAGUCCUGCUGAGGAGGUGCCACAGAUCCUGGCACAGCUGCCAGGGCAGGCGGCAGAGGCAAGUUCACCCUCCGACUUACUGACCCUGCUGAGCACCAUGAAAUACCUGGCCAAGGUGGUGGCAAAGGCCAGAAUACAGCUUGACCGCAGCGCCCUGAAGAAUCUCCUGAUUGCCACAGACAAGGUCCUAGAUGUGGACACCACGUCUCUGUGGACCCUGGCCCAAGCCCGGAAGCCCUGGGCAGGCUCGACUCUCCUGCUGGCUGUGGAGACCCUGGCAUGCAGCCUGUGCCCACAGGACCACCCCUUCACCUUCAGCUUGCCCAAUGUGCUGCUGCAGAGCCAGCUGUUUGGACCCACGUUUCCUGCUAACUACAGCAUCUCCUUCCCUACUCGGCCCCCACUGCAGGCUCAGAUUCCCAGGCACUCACUGGCCCCACUGGUCCAUAAUGGAACUGAAAUAAGUAUUACUAGCCUGGUGUUGCGAAAACUGGACCACCUUCUGCCUUCAAACUAUGGACAAGGGCUGGGGGAUUCCCUCUAUGCCACUCCUGGCCUGGUCCUUGUCAUUUCCAUCAUGGCAGGCGACCAGGCCUUCAGCCAGGGCGAGGUCAUCAUGGACUUUGGGAACACAGAUGGUUCCCCUCAUUGUGUCUUCUGGGAUCACAGUCUCUUCCAGGGCAGGGGGGGUUGGUCCAAAGAAGGAUGCCAGGCACAGGCGGCCAGUGCCAGCCCCACUGCUCAGUGCCUCUGCCAGCACCUCACUGCCUUCUCUGUCCUCAUGUCCCCACACACUGUUCCGGAAGAACCCGCUCUGGCGCUGCUUACUCAAGUGGGCUUGGGAGCUUCCAUACUGGCGCUGCUUGUGUGCCUGGGUGUGUACAGACUGGUCUGGAGAGUUGUGGUGCGGAACAAGGUCUCCUAUUUCCGCCACGCUGCCCUGCUCAACAUGGUGCUCUGCUUGCUGGCUGCAGACACUUGCUUCCUAGGUGCCCCCUUCCUCCCUCCAGGGCCCCAAAGCCCGCUCUGCCUGGCUGCCACCUUCGUCUGUCAUUUCCUCUACCUGGCCACCUUUUUCUGGAUGCUGGCGCAGGCCCUGGUGUUGGCCCACCAGCUGCUCUUUGUCUUUCACCAGCUGCCAAAGCACCGAGUUCUCCCCCUGAUGGUGCUCCUGGGCUACCUGUGCCCACUGGCAUUGGCGGGUGUCACCCUGGGGCUCUACCUACCUCAAGGGCAAUACCUGAGGGAGGGGGAAUGCUGGUUGGAUGGGAAGGGAGGGGCGUUAUACACCUUUGUGGGGCCAGUGCUGGCUAUUGUAGGCGUGAAUGGGCUGGUACUAGCCAUGGCCAUGCUGAAGUUGCUGAGACCUUCACUGUCAGAGGGACCCCCAGCGGAGAAGCGCCAAGCUCUGCUGGGGGUGAUCAAAGCCCUGCUCAUUCUCACACCCAUCUUUGGCCUCACCUGGGUGCUGGGCCUGGCCACUCUGUUAGAGGAAGUCUCCACGGUCCCUCAUUACAUCUUCACCAUUCUCAACACCUUCCAGGGUGUCUUCAUCCUAUUGUUUGGUUGCCUCAUGGACAAGAAGGUACAAGAAGCUUUGCGCAAACGCUUCUGCCGUGCCCAAGCCCCCAACUCCACCAUCUCCCUGUCCACAAAUGAAGGCUACAUCUUGGAACACAGCAAAGGAGGAAGUGACACUGCCAGGUGAGAACUAGACUUUCUCAGGGGCAGUGUAAGCAGGGUGGAUUGAGGAUGGUGUGGCAAAGGGCCUCCUGGCAAAGUCCUGGAGAGAAGCCUCCUCUUUCAGGUUUUUCUAGGGUAGCCAUUGCUAGAUGGGUGGGAGACGGUGGAAAUGUCAGAGAGCAGAAGGCAUAGCACCUUCUCUUGCUUUCCAAGAAAGCAAGAAGUUUCACCACCACCAGUCCUUGACUCAGUUUCUCUGAAAAUUCCUUUUCACAUUAUCACACUUUUUAUUAUCAUGAGAGUCAUGCCUUGAAGGGAUUGCCAUGGGUGGCCUUGGUAUCCAGAGGGGAGGGCAGCCUGCAGAAGUUGGGCUCGGUAUCCACUCACCAUUCUCGAGCUCUUUCACAGGAAGACAGAUGCUUCAGAGUGAACCACACACGGACCCAUGUUCCUGCAAGGGAGUUGAGGCUGUGUGCUUGAACCCACCAGAUGAGCCCUGGCCCAAUGCUCUGAACUCUUCCUGCCUCCCGGAACUCAGCCCUUGAGAAAGUCAGGCUUGUAUUUCCCUUAGCACACUCAUUUAUCUUACAGCUCACAUCCCUUCUCAUUUCUAAAGUAUCCAGCAACAAUAGCAGGAAAAAUUAGCUAAAGGCACCUAAUGAAUAAGACUGCCUUUGCUCCAGAAAUAAUCAACAGAUAUCAAAGUGCGUAAUAAUUACAAGUAAACUUUCUCAACCAGUUUUUAACUACAACAAUACAUGUUGUGAAUGAAUAUGUUUGAUAAAAAUGGUUUUAAUUGACCUAUUCAGCGAUUUCUGAUGAUUUCUUUUGCAAUAGUUAUGAAGAAAGGAUGACUUAAUUGACAGGAACCUCUGAUCUUCCAAACAUUGGAGAUGAAGGGCAGAACUUGGUUUGUCUCUUCUCAAGUUUAGGAAAAGAUGAAGUUAAUUGGUCCCUCUUUCUUUAACCUUUAAAAAAAUAUAUAUAAAAUGUAAGUUUCAUAACCGUAUCCAUGUAUAGAAAGAGGUAUUGAUUGAUAUGAGCACAUUUUAAGAAUAGGUUGUAAAAAUUUAAAGUUUAAUAUAAAUUUAUAUCAAUUAAUAAUGUUUAAUUUAUAUUUAAAAAU